CUGACCAAAGAAACGCGUCUCUCUCUCUGGAGAAAAUUUCCUCACAGAGAAAGAAGAAAAAGACGAGAGACGUGAAGAAGAAAUCAGAAUUCAGAAUUGAGAAGCAAACAAUGGCUUCAACGAUCUACACUUGCAAAGAAUGCGGAUCAGAUCUGAAUCUAAACCCUAACGAUUUAUUUCCACCGGAUUUCUACUUCGAAGCCGGUAACAAAGGAACACUCUCAUUCGCCGCCGUCGACGCCGAGAAAUUCCGAUUCGAGAAAGAAGAUAAGAUCAUGCCUUUCUUCGAAACCCUAAAUUACUGGGGAAUCCAACGGAAACGAACCAAGAUCAAGUGCACUAGCUGCAACCACCUCAUCGGUUACAUCUACGACGAUGGUCCUCCUCUCACUGGUGGUAUUGGCCAAUACGGAUUUGGUCCGAGUCAAGUCAUUCCUCGUGCUCCUCGGUAUCGAUUCAAAACCAAGGCGGUUCAAGUCUCGUCCCAGACUUAGCUAAAGCAGAGGGUUUAAUGCUUUUACAUAGAUAUGUAUAAACUUGUUAAAAGGGUUAAUAGGAUUGUAGAUGUUUGUUGCUUAAAACUCAGAUAGUAAGGUCGUUAGACUUGCCAUCGGUCUUGGCGCUUGCUUCAGCGCCAAGACGGAUGGCAAUACGGAGGUUUAACCGCCUUUUGGAACUGAUUUUUGUUGCUUGCUUUUGAAGAAACAUCUACAAUCAUAUUCUCUCCUUUGUCUCUUGUCUAUUGUAGCUAGUAUAGUUAAGAUAUGUAUGUUAAGUAUGUUGUUGGCUUGGAUUUUGAUCAUAUUUGUAGUGUUUGUGUUUGUUGUGAGUUUGAAUCACAUGGUUGACUGAUUUGUU